AUGUUCGAGUCCACGGUCGUGUCGCUAAUAAGGCGGAACGAGCCCACAGAUGAAUUGUUAUUGCUGCUGGAGGAUCCCUUUCAAGCUUCGCUACAACAAGGUUCUAUUAUUGCAGGUUUAGGUACAUCCGUUGGCUUCACUCUCCUCCUAGCCGUCGGCUUCUCCCUCCUUCGACCAUACAACUCCCUCGUAUACGCUCCAAAACUCAAGAUUGCAGACGAGAGACAUGCUCCACCUCCAAUGGGAAAGGGUGUGUUGGCGUGGGUGGGACCGGUAUUGAAAACGAAGGAAGCGGAGCUGGUGGGGUUGAUAGGGCUUGAUGCAACGGUCUUUCUGCGAGUCUUGAGGAUGUGUCGGAACAUGUUUUUAGUACUGAUGGUUUUGGGUUGUGGCAUAUUAAUACCGAUCAAUUUGGCGAAAGGGAACAAGUUUAAAGAUGCGACACCCAUUCAGAAGAUGACGCCGGUCAAUACAUUUGGUAGCGCAAACUGGGGGAUGGUCAUUUGCGCUUAUUUGUUCAAUUUGGUCAUUGGUGGAUUUCUGUGGUGGAAUUACAGAGCAAUUCUACGAUUACGAAGGCAGUACUACGACUCUCCGGAAUACAAAUCGAGCUUGCACGCCCGGACUCUGAUGAUCAAUUACAUUCCCAAAACUCACCGUUCCGACGAAGGGAUUGGUCGCCUGAUCGACGAAGUUGCCCCUACUUCAUCCUUUUCCCGUACAGCCAUUGCGCGAAACGUAAAAGAGUUACCCGAGCUCAUUGAGCAACAUAACAAGACGGUUCGAGAAUUGGAGCGGCAUUUGGCAAAAUAUCUCAAAAAUCCCGAGAGUCUUCCUCCGAAACGACCUCUCUGCAAACCAUCGAAGAAGGACCCCUCCUGGGGCACAUAUCCGAAAGGGCAGAAAGUGGAUGCUAUCGAAUACCUCACAGGACGUAUAAAGGAAUUAGAAACCGAGAUCAAGGAGGUUCGGGCGACGAUCGAUAGCAGAAACCCUCUACCAUAUGGGUUCGCAAGUUAUGAGGAAAUCGAAGAGGCACACAGUAUUGCAUUUGCUGCGAAGAAGAAGCAACCACAAGGAACGAGAAUACUCCUUGCACCUAGACCGAGUGACAUUAUUUGGAAAAACAUGCCUCUGAGCAAAAGCCAAAAGAGACGUAGACGGAUGAUCAACAACCUUUGGAUUACUCUUCUCACACUUGUUUGGGCCGCCCCUAACGCUAUGAUAUCUAUUUUUCUGGUCAAUCUGACCAACCUUGGUCGUGUUUGGAAAGCCUUUAACAACUCUCUGCAAGCCAACAAGACUUGGUGGGCUAUCGUUCAGGGUGUGGCAUCACCAGCCAUUACAUCUUUGGUCUAUCUUGUCCUUCCUAUCAUCUUUCGCCGUUUGGCCGUCAAAGCUGGAGACACCUCCAAAACAGCCCGGGAACGUCAUGUUACUGCCAAACUGUACACUUUCUUCGUGUUCAACUUUUUAAUCGUGUUUUCCCUUUUUAGUUCGGUUUGGAGUUUUGUCACGACCGUCAUCGAGAAGACCAAUGACAAGACCGACGCUUGGGACGCAAUUGUGGAUGCAAAUUUCGGUGCUGGACUGUUUAGAUCACUCUGCGGCAUUUCGCCCUUCUGGAUUACUUGGCUACUUCAGCGUAAUCUGGGUGCUGCUGUGGAUCUUGCGCAAUUGUGGACUUUGGUCUGGAGUUUCUGUAUCCGCAAAUUCUCCAGCCCAACUCCACGGGAAAUGAUAGAGUUGACUGCUCCUCCGCCAUUCGAUUAUGCUUCAUACUACAACUAUUUCCUUUUCUACACAACCGUCGCAUUAUGCUAUGGAACGAUUCAGCCUUUGGUUCUUCCUGCAUGUGCCGUCUAUUUUGUGUUGGAUGUUUACCUGAAGAAGUACCUCUUGCUCUACAUCUUCAUCACCAAAACCGAGUCAGGAGGUAUGUUCUGGCGAAUGUUCUUCAACAGAAUGGUCUUUGCGGCGAUUCUGUCAAAUCUUGUAGUCUUCCUCUGCGUCUGGUCUCAAGGCCUUGGUGAACAUACCCAGGCAUACGCUGUUAUUCCCGCACCUUUCCUCAUGAUUGCGUUCAAGAUAUGGUGUAAGAAGACGUUCGAUGACAAGAUGCACUUUGUUACCACACGCCAAGUCAGUACUGAUCUAGAAGCCGUUCAAGACAAAGGCUUCAACCCAAAGAAGGACAAACUUGCCUCACGAUUCGGUCACCCCGUCUUAUACCGGCCUCUCAUCACCCCCAUGGUACACGCCCGCGCCCAAAACAAACUCGCAGCAGUCUACGGCGGUCGACUAACAGACAGCAACAACGCGGGAUCAGGCGACUCCGCAACCGUCUCCGGAUACUCAGACAUGUACGCCAUGGACAACAUGCUCGGCGGUCAACCAGGCCGCAAAGAACGCGCCGUCCCCGGCUUCGAAAUGGUCCCCGAAAACCGUCUCGACUUUGCAUAUUUCAAAGGUCGUGCCGAAUUCGCCGAGGAACACGGCGGCGGCGGUGUUAUCUACGGGAAAGCUGAGGAUAUCAUUCGUAGCGACACGCCUAGUAGCAUUAGUGCGUAUGGCAGCGAUUCCAGACCUGGCACGCCUGUAGGCGGAAUGACAGGUCGUCAACGUCCACAGCAACGCUUCGAGGGUUUUGCGUUGCAACCUGUUAGUUACGACGCCCCUGGCGAUGUACAUCUUGCGUCUAGUAACAGAGGAAUGUAUCAUCAACCCAACGACUCGCAAAACGCGCUUAUCAACAGCGCGGCGGAAAUGCCCGUCGGCACGCCCAUGGGCGGUAUCGGGUCGAGGGAAACAAGUCCGGAUCGCCGACCACCUGGGUUCCUUGGGGGUGGACCGCAAGGGUACGGGGGAUUGCCGCAAAUUCCACUGGAUGAACCGGAGCAGGAUCCGUUGAGUUAUGAUUAUUUCCGGGCGCAGAGGAGAACUAAUACGGGCGGGCCGGGGAUGGGGUAUAGAGGUUAG